AAAUAACAUUCAGCAAAUUUUGGACAAUUCGAUUCCAAAAAUUUCUUCUUAUGUCCAAAAUUUAAGAAAGUUGUGUGUGGAGGGUUGUGGUAAUUUGAAAAAUCUAUUGACAUCCUCCAUGGUUGAGAGUUUUGAGCAAUUAAAUUGGCUUGAGAUUCGGGAUUGUCAUAUGAUGGAAGAGAUAAUACUUGCAGAAGAAUCAAUGGUUGAGGAAAGGAUGUGCAAGAUUUUCUUCCCUAACCUUGCGUUCCUAUUGCUCCAAGACCUUCCAAAACUCACAAGAUUUUGUUCUGGAAAUUACUUGGUAUUACCAUGCCUUUGGAAACUUAAGAUAAGCAAGUGCCUUGCGCUGAAGACUUUCAUCUCUAGCUUUAUCUUUGGAGACAUGAUAGCUAGUUCUGAAAAUGUCAAAAACACUUGUACACUUUCUCUUUUUGACGCAAAGGUGGUAUUCCCCAAAUUAGAACGUUUGGUUAUUGAACAUGUGAAGAGUUUGAAUAAGAUAUGGAAUGACCAACUCGAAGUAGAUUCUUUUUGCCAGCUAACUUUGGUGAGUGUGGUUUCAUGUGAAAAGUUAAUGAAUAUUUUCCCAUUUAGUAUGGUGGAAAGGCUUCAGAGACUAGACAAGCUCCAAAUACAGAACUGUGAUUCACUUGAAGAGAUACUUGAGUCUCCAGAACUUGGUGUUAGCCGAUCACAGGCUCAAAAGGCCAUUACGCUACCUUUGUUGGAAAUCGUCACAUGCUUGGAGGACGGUGUGAAGGAUGGGAUUGUCUUUAGCAAACUCAAGUAUUUGCAACUUUGUGGUGUGCCUAGACUUUCAAGCUUUUGCUCGGUUAAAUGCAAGUUUGAGUUCCCAUUUUUGAAAGAGGUGAUUUUGAUGGAUUGUCCAAGUAUGCAGACUUUCUCUAUGGAUGAAAUAAGAACAACAAGACUGCAGAAAGUAAAAUUGGCUGGAGAUGAAGAUAAAGACUUUUGGGAUGGCAACCUAAACUCAACCAUACAACUACAGUUCAUGCAAAAGGGUCAAGGUGAUUCUAAAAAUUGAGAUCAAAGAAAUUGUGGCUUAUGUCCUUUCCAAGUGAAAUUUGAUGGUCUGAGUGGCGUAUGCGUAAGUUGGAUGUGAAGUUGUCACGUUGCUUGGUGCCGAGAAUGUUACCUCACUAAACUAAACUGAUACCUUUUUUCUACCAAAAAAAAAAAAGGACACCUUUUCUAUUUCUUGUACACUUGUGCAACUUGUGAAAUGUAUUAUCAAAUUCAUGCCAAGCCUUUAAAUUCAUGUGUUAUUUUAAAGAGAGAAUAUCCUUCAAGAAAACAAAUAUUGCUUC